AUGGCGGGUGAGCCAGCAGGCAAGAAAAGGCUCAGAGAGGAUGAUGAAGGGGAUGGAGCUUCCAGCAAACGCUUCCACACCACAGUCUCUAACCCAGACACCGCUCACUCUGAUGAGUCGGGCCAUCAGCAACACAUUGAUGAAGAGUUCACUGAGACCCAGACGCUGAUGCGAAUGACUGAUGAUUCAGACUCUUCUGGCAACUCAAGUGACACUGACGAGGAGGACGUGCCCAUGGACGUAGCAACUCACGAGCUCAACAGUGACGAGGAGGAAGACGAAGACAAAGAAACUGGUGAGGUCAGGGUCAUCAAAGGUGGCCUCACCCGGCCGAAAUGGGUGGAGAGUCUGAAGAACUCGGACGAGGCAAAGGAACUCGCCAAGCUUCAUGAGGAGAGAAUGAACUCGAUACUCGACUACUAUGCCUACAACGCUCAACCAUACAAGGUACGGGAUGAAGACAUCGAGGGCCUCGUUUCCCACAAACCCGACCCUCGCGCGAGAUUCUUCUACGUUGAAGAUGACAGUGGAGAUUGUGUGUUGGAAAGCCUCGGAAACGGGCUUUUCAGGGAAAAGGGCAGCACGGUUGUCUUAAAGCAGGUCGGGGAUACUGGAGAUGACGGUUUCUUCAGACUUAAGCAAGCCUAA